AUAAUCAUGUCCACUAAGAGACGCCGUGGGCCACAAUUAAGCUUAGAUAAUAAAAUAGUACGUGAUGGCUACAACAGAUAGGAUGAGUGGAUCUCGGCAAAACGAAUCACGUUGCUUCAAUGAAAACUCUCCAAGGCCACCAGUGCCUGGAGAGGAAACAGGAGGCCAUGUAAGUAGGUUCCGUCCACAGAGUCCAGCUCUGACCCCUAGACGUUCUUCUUUAGCAACACCAACAGCAUUGGGUUCUUGCGAUGCUUCUGCACCGUUGGGUUUUGAGCCAGAAGGUUGCUGCGGAACCACCACUAUGGAGUGUGACUCGUCUCCUCCUUGUUUACGGUGGGCCAGGAACCUGCAUUCCUUGCUGCAGGAUUCGGUUGGUCUGGAACUGUUUAGAAAGUACCUGGAUCAAGAAGGCAAACCACAUGCGAAUCCGCUUAAUUUUUGGUUUGCCUGUGAAGGCCUCAAAGAACAAAGCGAUCCAGAUAGAAUUAACCAGUUGGUUAAGCUUAUUUACAGAAAAUUUUUUCUCAAGUCUCAGCUAGCCAUACCAGAAGAUGUAAGAAAAGAGGCUAAUCGUCGUGUAAAAGAAGGCAGAGUAGACGAGAAAGUUUUUGAUGCUGUACAAUUAGAAGUGGAACGUCUCAUCAACGAGACUACGUAUCCAAACUUUCUUCGAUCAGAGAUGUAUCUUCAAUAUGUACAGUCUUGCCAAAAUCCAGACUCUGGUGGAUGCCCAAGCUCUGGUUCUAGUCGAGAAAUGUCUGUUUCCUGUGGACCAAGCUUGCUACCUACUGUACACGAGGACAGUGAAUUUGUUACCUCUGUGCAUAGCUCGCAUUCAGCGAGCGAGACGCCUGGAGAAUUGAGAAGCGAGCUAAGGCUAACCAAAGAUGUGUUGAUAGCUACUCAACAGACUAGAGCAAUGGAUGUCCGGCCUAAGCCAGAAGCGUGUGCUGGCAUUUAUUUGCAACAUGGAGCUAGUCCGUAUCAUAUGCUCGUACCCAGACUGCACACACAAUACUCUUCCUACAACCCAGUGUCCAGACAAGAUUCAGAACUCCAAAGCUUAAGCAGUGAUGCACGAACUGAAUCAGACAAUAUAUCUAUCACCGAUUCAUCUGUCGAUGGAAUGUCAAUGGGCAGGCAACGUAGUAAAAAACAAUAUUCGAGACAAUCUAGAGGAAUGAAGGAAUUAGCCAAUUUAAAUCGCGAUCCAAUGGCACAUCAUGUCAUCAUACCUCGAACACAACGGGUACCACGAGAUCUCACGCAACCUUUGAAGCCAGAAGAGUUUGCGCAGGUUCUUAUAGAAAGAUUAGAAAGCGUCAAACGAGAGAGAGAAACACAAGAAAAACUUGAUCGUCAUUUACAAGAAAGCGAAUUACUUAGUAUAGAUACUUCCACGGAAGCCUUACCUAGUAAUAGUGCUCCUAAGGCACUUGCUGAUGCUCUAAGAGAGAAAUUAUCGACGGACGAAGAUAGCGAUCAGGCGAUUUUAGAUCAGCACGUGUCGAGAGUUUGGUCGGAUUUAACACCUUCCAGAUCUCCUGGUCUUUUAUCACCUAGAACACAUUCACCUGAAAGAAGGCGUCCCAUGCAUAGUUACCCACGAUCGUACAAACAAAGGAAAGAAAAGGACGUGUUUUCUACUUUCUCAGCAGACAGUGGGAAUAUUCACGAUUUUCCAGAAGGUAGUGAGCUUGUUCAUGAAUUUGGUUACUUUCCUAAAUCAAAAUCCGUUCCAUCCGAUUAUGCAGAUUCCCUCCAUAAACAGGAUCUUUAUCUUCAAGCUCAUGAUCAAAGAUUUAGAAGAUUAGAUAUGACAAGAAGAUCCUCUACAAAGAAAUCAAUGACAGAGUUAACGGACAGCGGUGUGAGCGUUGUAAGCGAUGUUCCACCGUUGAAUGUGUGCAAAGACACUCGUCUAUUAUCUUGGUUGAAGGAAACAGAUAAGAAAGCGGAUAUUAAGCAUAGCCGGCAUGGCAAAAAAUACGGAUCUAGAAGUGGUUCCUUGGAACGAACAAGUAGGGAAAGUUGGGGUGUACCUGCGCAACCAUUUGUUGCCGAUCCUGGAAUGCCUCCCCUACCGCAACCACAUACGGCAACUCAGUUAGAAGAGGCACGAAGAAGGUUGUUAGCAGAGGAAGAAAGGGUACGCGGUUGUUGCAAACAACGACAUGCAAGUACAUCGAAACAAGCACAUGAUCCUACUGUACAGAGCCAGUGUUGCAAUCAAUCGAAUCAAUCUACGUUAAAAAAGACUAGACAAGAUGCUGGAGAUUUCACCACCGUUGUGUUCAGUUUCUGUGACGAGCAAUUCCCUUAUCGAACCAAAAUUCCUGGUCGUAACGUCACGUUAAAACAGUUUAAGGAAUACCUUCCAAAAAAGGGCAGUUAUCGAUAUUUCUUUAAAACCGAGUGCGAAGACUUAGACGUAAAAGUUAUACAGGAAGAAAUAACAGAUGAUUCUGAGAUUCUGCCAUUGUGGGAAGGCAAAGUGAUGGCACAAGUUAAGACGCUUGAGUGAUAGACUGAUAAAGCAUAUGUUGAGCAAAGAUUGUCUUAACCCAUCGGCUUACCUAAUCGUCAGAUUGACGGGGUCACCUUCGUGUGCCUUGAAUUAACCUAGUCGUAGAUUUGAGGAAUUUAUUUGCGACGACAAGACCAUGUCCAAUGGUCUAUAUAAGCUACUAUCACUAUUUUUGCAUUUAAGACUUCUUUAUCUGCUGCUUCUUUAAUUUAGAAAUAUUGUAUAUUAUAUAAAAAUCAGUUUAUGUACUGUAGAAAAAAAAAAAGAAUAGAAACCGGCUUCCUAUCUUGUCGCUUGAUAGCCAUUGUCUUGUGGCUAAACAACGUCGAUAUUUUUUUUCUUAUUGUUUUCAUUUUUGAUUCCUUUUUAAGCUUACGCCAUAUGCGUGUAGUUUGGAUAGAGUGAGAGAGUGAGAGGGAAAGGGAGAGAGGAGAGAGUGAGAGGGAAAAAGAGAGAGAGAGAGAGAGUGAGAAGAGUGGUAGUGAGAGUGAGAGAGAGAGGGAGAGAGAGAGAGAGAGAGAUGUACCGUUCCCGAAAUAUAUCUUUUCCUACUUCCAACGGCCUAUAAAAUUGUGUUCGCAUAAUUGUCAUUGAUAUAAAGUAUAGGUUUUCGAUGAAAGAAUUAGAAAAAUAAUUCAUUAUACGUUUUAUUAUUAUUAUUCUCGCAUCGUCGUUCGAAUCUCUUUUCUCACUUUAAUAGUAAUUGUAUCUAUCUAGAAGGAGGAUAUAAUUUUACACGAAUGAGCGUCUUCCACGUAAUAUUACUAAUGACUCUCUUUUAUGAUAAUGUUUUUUAUUGCAAAUUUAAAGAAAUAAGAGAAACUUCCUAAUUGCACGGCCUGUUACAUACUUAAUAAUUUUACGCAAAAAAAAAAAAAAACAGCAAAAUUAUUUUUAUUCUGCCUAUUAUCGACGUAUAUUAUAUAUGAUGUAUUUAUUGUAUUAACGAAGGAGAGAUUUUUCUUUUCUUUUUUCUUUUUCUUUUUUUUUUUAGUUUCAACGAGUUAAAAUAUUAUGGCAAUUACGUAAUUUGACGUAAACUUAUGUUGUAUUUUUAUUCAAGCACUUUUUUAAUUCGAAUCCCUUAGGGCCUUGCUGGUCUUCCUAUAUAUAUAUAUAUAUGUAUAUACAUACGUACAUACAUUCAUACAUAAUACGUACAUACAUACAUACGUUCAUAUAUAUGUAUGUAUGAAUUUAAGUUGUAUCAAAGUAUUUCUUUUUUUUUUAUUUUCUUAUUUCUAUGUGGAAAAAACAGAUUUGUUUUUAUAAUCAUUUUCACGAUUUCGUGAGGUACGUUAUAAGUACUAAGUAAAAUAAAUGAAUAAUUAUUAUCUUUUAAAAUGUAUCAAAUUUUUGAAAGUGAUGGUAGCUAACAUAAAGUUCUUGUUAAGUGAAUAUAUGUAUACCGUGCUAAUUUCAAUGACUCGGCACCAGACAACAACGAGGAUGAUUUCGUUGCGUUAACGAUUGGAUAAGCCGAUGGAUUAAUCGUAGUACAAUAACUAUGGUAGUCAUAAGUUAAGUGCCUUAAUAUAUGUCAUUAAUCAUGCUGUAAUUUCAGAGGUUGGAAUAUAAAAUUGUCUUAAGGGGAAACAGUAGUGCCUAAUGUUUUCGAGUUGGAUAGCUCAUAAAUGAUACGAAAUCAUAAUUUUUUAUUCCUAACUUUCUUAACUUAAAUUUCUUUUUUAUCAUGUGAUCAUAAAAAGAAAAAAAAAGAGAGAAAAUUUGAAAGCUGGCUUAGAAAAAGUUAUAUUUAUAUGUGGUAUUUUUUCAAUUUUUUUUUUUUAUUGAAUUGUUGAUUUCUAUUGCUGAUCAAAAGUCAAUCAUCACCGUUUUAUUACUCAUCAAACGUAUAUUAUUUAAUUCGUUAUAAUAUACAGUGAAGGACUUAAAUAUACGUAUAUGUAGAAAUACAUACAUUUUUACUAUACGAAUAUUUAAGUCCCCACUGUCACACACAGAUAUACACACACACGCGCACACAUUAGGCUUGAAUUUUCUCUUGAUAUAUUCUAUCAUCCAUACGAAUCACAUAGAAAAUUUGAAAUAUUGUCUAAUUGCGCUAAGUUAGGAGUGAAAAAUUAUGAAAAGAAUCACGUGUUAUGAAAAGAUCAUCGCAUUUUGUCAAGUUAGUACGAAGGUUCUACCGCUAGUUAGCGCUUCCGUCGAGAUCUUAAGCUCGAAAUAAAGAUUGAGAGGGCAUUUUGAAAAACUCCGAGCAUCACUUGUGAUGCAUCUCUUGAACGAAUCAUUUAUAAUAAAAUCUAUCGUGAUUGUGAAAGACAUUAUAUUCGUAUUUAUAUACGAAUUAUAAGCGUUAUUUGUAUAAGUGAAAUCAUGGUAGGAACAUUCAUUGAUUACAAAAUACUUUUGUAUUCUGCAUUUUACUGUCCAUUAAUUAAAAGAGAAAAAUGAAAAAUGGCUUUUAUAAUUUGUAAUUAAUCUCUCGCCGAUUUAAAGAAAAACAAAAAAAAAAGAAAGAAAGAAAAAAGACAAGAAGAAAGUUGAUUUUUGUAAUUUAUAACAAAGAUUUCCUUGACCGCUAUAAGCCAGAAAAUGCUUCUUUCAUUGGUAAAUGGACGUGCGAUCAUUCCUUGAUACUUAUAAUUAUUAAUGUUUACCGCAAUUAAAAUUCGCAUGAUAAUUAUACAUAUAUAUCAUUCUGUGACACAAUUAAAUGAUCAACCGGCCAAAUGUCCGGCCGACCAAUGUAAUAAUGUUUAUAAAUUGUCACCGCAGAUACUUAAAAAAAAAAAAAAAAGAAAAAAAAAGAAAAAAAAAAGAAAAAAAUAUCUUGCAAAAAUGAUGUCUAUCGUAUAAAUAAUAACCGAUUUUACAACCGAAAGAUCUGUAUUUUGAAAGAUAACAUCGAAUGUUAUAAUGUGUCGAUCGUGCAAGUGGGGCAAUUAUCAAUUUUAUAAAAUGUUCUUUGAACAUACAUGCGCGCGCUUUAGGGAUAUCAAAAGUUAAAUCAAUUUUUAAUCAGCUGAAAAAUAUGAUAAUAUAAAACAAUAUAAAAAUACUCUUGAUAACGUAUUAAUAAAAUAAUUGAUUGCUUUCCGGUAUCCUUAACUGCUCUUGUAAUUAAGGAUUUUACAAUUCGUAAAUCGAAUAUGUCCAGUUUUUACCUGAACUUAGUAAUCCAAUUUGGAAGGUAAUACAUGUUGCAAAUCUAAUUUUUCAAAUCAAUCUUACAUAUCAUGACAGUGUCUGUACAUAAUUGGGAGUAUUUAAUACUACAAUAGUUACGUUUUCGACCUCAAUACCAUGCAAAAGGAUAGGAAAUAAAUUAUAAUUUAUGCAAAUAA